GAGAUGCUUUUUAAUUCUCUUUAAGCCACACGGCGUGUUUGAGACGUGAAUAUCAUGGCGUUUGUGUUGCAGGAUGUUGAUGAAGAGGAGCUGAUUAACGUGGCGCUGGUCAGCAGCAGCUCGGGCGCGUGUUUACGGGGCCGCAUAAAGACGUCCGCACGCGCUGUAGCUCUUAAACUCCUCAACACAGACAGCUGUUUGUCCCAGAUGCAGGAAGCUUUGGCACAUGGUGGAGUGUGUGUGAAACAAGUCCUGCAGCCUGUAGGUGUGUAUCGGAGUCGUUUUCUCACUGGCCUGCUGUGGGACUGGAUGCUUGAAGGAUCUCUACAUUCAUUGCUCUAUGAGACUAACCUGUAUCCAGACCUGCCCCUGGCUCUACGGUUACGGAUCCUACUGGACGUAGCUGAGGGUUUACAGGUCCUUCAUGCCAUCUCUCUGCCUCAUGCUGCACUGAAGACCACCAAUGUCCUGCUCGACCACCAGUACCAUGCUAAACUGUGUGACUGGGGAUGUGAGACGCUGGUGGACGUGAGAACACGAGCUCCAUGUUACAGAGACCUGGCCUUCCUGGCACCAGAGCUUCUGCUAGGAAACGUUCCAAGUGUGAAGUCUGACAUGUACAGUUUUGGUGUUCUGAUGUGGGAAACACUGAACAGGCGACCAUCGUAUGAAGGUUUGGAUCAGCUGCAGAACCUGGAGGUGUGUGCUCGGGAAGGGGCGGAGCCUGGUAUGGCGAGGAAUCUGUUGCCCCUGGAGACACCACAAGGCCACGCCCUCACUCAGCUCAUGACCAGAUGUUGGUCUGUCGAUCCAAAACAGCGGCCGCUGGCCGAAGAUUGUGUGCUGGAGCUCCGGAAGGUUCUGGAAACUCUGGACCCAGGAGCUGAAUGUAGAGCAGUUCAUCUGAUAAGAACCUGCAAGGAGAGGGCGCUGCAGAGCUGUAAACACACCGCAACCUGGGAGCUGCCUAUUGAGCUCAACAACCUGGAGGGCUACGGUGGCUGUACGGGUCCAAAAUACCUGGAGUCUAAGACGAUCCCAGCGACGGUGCCUUUUUCACACAAACACAACUGUGUUUCACACACAAACACUGUGACACGUAAAUCAGACGAGUCGAGUCCGAGAGGAAGUCCGCCUUCUCCCGCUCCGGCCCGAUCCUUACCUCCGACAGCGUACUACAGGGAUGUAGGCAUUCACACUGCUGUGAGACAUUGUGCUGGAGUUUUGGGCAUAGAACACACUCGAGCUGCUCCACUUCUGAACAUACUGUGUAGCUCGCCGACGUCCCAGACACACACAUCUGUACAUCCUGCUAACCAGCCCUUGUGUCCCGUGACCUCCAGCUUGACCUGCUGUCAGCUCCUGCAGGAGAGACGUGAGGCCAUUGUGCACUUCAUGACCGAGGGGCGACUCAACCGCCUGCUGGACGUGUUGCGCGCGAGGCGUGCGGUCACGCGUGAGGACUACGAGUUCAUCACGUCAGCCAUGACACUGAGCGCACGCACACGCUGCCUUCUCGACACCUGCGCUUGUCUGGGCGAGAAAGUGGCCUUCCUGGUAGCCACCACUCUGGGUCUGGUUUCUAUGGAGACCAUGCAGGGACACGCCCGCUCUCGGAUAUCUCCUAAAGGCCAGGCGGGGUGAGGGGAUGACGUCACUGACACGGUCCAUUCUUAUUGUUAUUGUUUUAUCUAAGCAGCUUUACACCCCUUUGUGACGGAUACGGAGAGACAGAUGAGGUGUAGAUUUAAGACGUGUGAUUUAAUCACACGAGAGCUGAUCUGAUUACAGAGCAUUAUACAUCGUCAUCAUCAUCAUCAUCAUCAUCAUCAUCAUCAUCAUUCAGUUAAUCACUGUUUGAAAGCUUUUAAAUAAAUCUCAGCCUGUUAAAGCAGUCAGUGUUCUAUUAAAACAUUAUUAAAUAAGAUAUUAAUUCAGAAAUAAAACAGUAAAGUGUUUCAUUUCUUUUAAGGUUCAGCUUUUAAAUGUACUCAUAUUUAUGUUCUCUCUGGUGUUAGAGCACUGAAUGCUCGCCUGUAAGACACAUCAUGCACCUUAGUUGUGGAUUUUAUCCUGCAAGUAUCUUGUAACAAGAUCAUCUUUAUUUUUUAUUGCUUUAUCAAAUCAACUGAUUAUCAAUAAAGUGCUCAUGUAACA